AUGGGAGGCCGUGAGUCAAGAGCUAAGAUUGAUGCCAUAGAACGGCAACAACAAGCGCUCAUGGAACAGAAUACCAAUAUUGCAAAACGUCUUGCUGAACAAGAAGAAGCAAAUAAACGACAACAUGAAGCUGCGAUUGAACAAAUAGCUAGAAUGUUCUUAGCAUUGAUACAAUCAAAAAAUAAUGAAACAGUUAUAAAUAAUGAAAAACGAGAAAUAGAAAUUGAAGGUACUACAUAUGAAAUUAUUCAAUUUGUUGAUCGAGGUGGUUUUGGUGAAAUUUAUAAAGCAAAAGUUAGAAAUAAGAAUAUGCUAGUCGCUAUCAAAGCUAUGCCAAAUAGACCGGGUCUACAAGAAGAAAUUAAAAAUGAAAUCAAUUUUUUACGUUUAACAAAACGAAUUCCAAUUGAUAAUCAUCCAGUUAUCGAAUAUUAUGGUAGUAAGGUAACGAAAGAAGCUAUUUUUAUAGCAAUGGAAUUAGCUGCUUGUGAUCUUCUAACAUUUUGGGUGAACCAAGUAAAUGAGGGAAAACGUGAAGAAAUAGCUGCUAUUGGUAUCAUUAUUAUUGUUUAUGUGUUACGCGCAUUAGCAUUUCUCGAAAAACUAAACAUUGUUCAUGGUGAUAUAAAACCGCAAAAUCUUGUUAUUGUUCCAAAUGAACAAUCUUUCUGUAUUAAAUUGAUUGAUUUUGGUACUGUAGAAAAAAUGAAUACUCAAUGUGCUCAACUUACAGUCGAUGCUAGCAAAUCGUUCACUCUAUAUUUUGUUUCACCAGAAUUUUUACGACGUAAUGCAAAAAAUUUGGUGUCAAGACAUCUACAUAAAAAAUCUGAUGUAUGGGCGGCAGGUGUCAUGUUUUAUCUUCUUUUUUGUGGUGAAUUACCAUGGAAAGAUCAAGCUGAUUACGAAAAUUUUUGUAAUGAUCAACGUGCUAAAGAUGUUGUUGUACCGGAUAUUGGUGGUUAUAAAAUGAUUAUUGAACUUUUACUAAAGAAAAAUCCUGAUGAUCGUUCAAGUGCUACAGCAACACUUAUGCAAUUAAAAGCACAUCCAGUAUUCGGAAAGAUUAUCGAAUCACUGCAUACGAAUUUUUGUCCUGUUGAUGAUGUAUGUUAUAUGAGAGUACCUGAUGAUGUUCGACAAGGAUUAGCUAAACUUGCACGGCCUGGUCAUUAUGUCGAUGGAUCAAGUUCAUCGUCAAGCAAAGCAUCGUCUGGUCCUCGUCGCCCAUGUCGAUACAGCUCAGAGUGCUAUAGAAAAGAUCCUGAUCAUCGUGCAGAAUUUGCACAUCCAGGUGACUCUGAUUAUGGCCAUUCGGACAAGAGACACUGCCGUUACGGAGCAGACUGCUAUAAUGAUGAUCCUGAUCAUCGAAAACAAUUUGCACAUCCGAAUAAUACAAAACGUGAUGAUGCUGGCAAAUGCCGCUUUGGAAAGGCUUGUACAAAGAGAAACGAUCGAGAUCAUAUGAAGAAAUAUUUACAUGAUUGA